AUGGCAGCAGAUAAGAAACCAUUGAUGGAUGCAUCUGGUGCUCAAUCGGCCGAGGAUAAGACAGCAACCGCCAUUUUAAGAAGAAAGAAGAAGGAUAAUGCUUUGAUCGUAGAUGAUGCGGUUAAUGAUGACAAUUCUGUGAUCACUAUGUCUUCUAACACUAUGGAAUUAUUACAGUUAUUCCGCGGUGACACUGUGUUAGUUAAGGGUAAGAAGAGAAAAGACACUGUUUUAAUCGUAUUAGCAGACGAUGACAUGGAAGAUGGUGUUGCUAGAAUCAAUAGAUGUGUCCGUAAUAACUUGAGAGUUAGGUUGGGAGACAUUGUAACCGUACACCCUUGUCCAGAUAUCAAAUAUGCUAACAGAAUUUCUGUUUUACCAAUUGCUGAUACAGUUGAGGGUAUAACUGGUUCUUUGUUUGAUGUUUAUUUAAAGCCAUAUUUUGUGGAGGCCUACAGACCUGUUAGGAAAGGAGACUUAUUCACUGUCAGAGGUGGUAUGAGGCAAGUUGAGUUUAAGGUCGUUGAGGUAGAUCCAGAGGAUAUAGCAAUUGUUGCCCAAGACACAAUUAUUCACUGUGAGGGUGAACCAAUUAAUCGUGAAGAUGAAGAAAAUAAUUUAAACGAAGUAGGUUAUGAUGACAUCGGUGGCUGUAAGAAGCAAAUGGCACAAAUUAGAGAAUUAGUUGAGUUGCCACUCAGGCACCCCCAAUUAUUCAAAUCUAUCGGUAUUAAGCCUCCAAAGGGUAUAUUGAUGUAUGGUCCACCUGGUACAGGUAAGACCGUUAUGGCAAGAGCUGUCGCUAACGAAACUGGGGCCUUUUUCUUUUUGAUCAAUGGUCCGGAAAUCAUGUCUAAGAUGGCGGGUGAAUCUGAAUCUAAUUUAAGGAAGGCAUUUGAGGAAGCUGAGAAAAAUGCACCUUCCAUUAUUUUUAUUGACGAAAUUGAUUCAAUCGCUCCUAAGAGAGACAAGACGAAUGGUGAGGUGGAAAGAAGAGUUGUUUCUCAGUUGUUGACUUUAAUGGAUGGAAUGAAGGCUAGAUCAAAUACAGUUGUUAUCGCUGCUACAAAUAGACCAAAUUCCAUUGAUCCAGCUUUGAGAAGGUUCGGAAGAUUUGAUAGAGAAGUCGAUAUUGGCGUUCCAGAUGCAGCCGGUCGUUUAGAAAUCUUAAGAAUCCACACUAAGAAUAUGAAGUUAGCUGAUGACGUCGAUUUAGAGGCAAUUGCUUCCGAAACCCAUGGGUUCGUUGGUGCUGAUAUUGCUUCUUUGUGUUCUGAAGCAGCAAUGCAACAGAUCAGGGAGAAGAUGGAUCUCAUCGAUCUUGAAGAAGAAACUAUUGAUGCAGAAGUUUUGGACUCGUUAGGUGUCACCAUGGAUAACUUUAGAUUUGCAUUAGGUAAUUCUAAUCCAUCCGCAUUACGUGAGACAGUCGUUGAAAAUGUCAAUGUCACCUGGGAUGAUAUUGGAGGCUUAGACACCAUUAAGAACGAAUUGAAAGAGACUGUCGAGUAUCCUGUAUUACACCCGGAUCAAUACCAAAAGUUUGGAUUGGCUCCUUCCAAAGGUGUUUUAUUCUUUGGUCCACCAGGUACUGGUAAGACAUUACUAGCAAAGGCUGUCGCAACGGAAGUGUCUGCAAAUUUCAUCUCAGUUAAGGGUCCUGAAUUGUUAAGUAUGUGGUAUGGUGAGUCCGAAUCCAACAUCCGUGAUAUAUUUGACAAGGCUAGAGCAGCUGCGCCAACGGUCGUCUUUUUAGAUGAGUUGGACUCUAUCGCCAAGGCUAGAGGUGGCUCUCAUGGUGACGCUGGUGGUGCAUCUGAUAGAGUCGUAAAUCAAUUAUUGACUGAAAUGGAUGGUAUGAACGCUAAGAAGAACGUAUUUGUUAUUGGUGCCACUAACAGACCUGACCAGAUAGAUCCAGCCUUGCUUAGACCCGGCCGUUUGGAUCAAUUAAUAUACGUUCCAUUGCCAGAUGAAACUGCAAGAUUGUCAAUCUUACAAGCUCAAUUAAGGAGCACACCGUUGGAGCCUGGCUUGGACUUAUUGGAAAUCGCUAAGAUCACUAACGGCUUCUCUGGUGCAGAUUUGUCUUACAUCGUACAAAGAUCAGCCAAAUUUGCUAUCAAAGAUUCUAUUGAGGCACAAGUGAGAUCUCAAAAGGAGAAGGAAGCGAAGACAGAAGAUGUUGACAUGGUUAAGAAUGAAGGUGGAGAAGAAGAAGAGGAAGAAGACCCAGUUCCAUAUAUCACCAGAGCUCACUUUGAAGAAGCCAUGAAAACGGCGAAGCGCUCUGUUUCAGAUGCAGAAUUACGUCGUUACGAGGCUUACGCUCAGCAAUUACUAGCUUCUAGAGGUCAAUUUUCUAACUUCAGAUUCUCUGAAAAUCCAAGUGAUGGUUCUGCACCUGCUGGAUCUAACAACGAAUCAUCUGGAGCUGCAUUUGGAAACGAUGAAGAGGAUGACGAUCUAUACAGUUAA